ACUUCCUCUUUUAAACCAAACGGAGUGUACGGAUAUAGCUGCCGGUUUGGGUUUGACUUACAUAAGGAAACAACAAUGAUUCUGUUGGAAACAAAUAAUCGUAUUGUUCUAGAAACGUUAACAUUUAAAAUAAAGAAUGUUUUGGAAGGAGGAAAGCCAGAUAAUGUUGAUAUCACAAUUGCAGAUUUUGAUGGUGUACUCUUCCACAUAUCAAACCCAGAUGGAAAUAAAAGCAAAAUCAUGGUUAGCAUAUCAUUAAAGUUUUAUAAUGAUCUUCAAAAACAUGGUGCUGAUGAUUUGAUUAAAAGAGAAUAUAGUGGUCUGCUAACAACAGCAGAAUCAGGCUACAAUGUUUCAAUAGUUUUUGAUCUUGAAAACAUCCCAGACAAUUGGCAAGAGUUGGUAAACAAAGCUAGUUUGCUAAAGAGAAAUUGUUUUGCUUCUGUCUUUGAGAAGUACUUUCAGUUUCAAGAAAAUGGCAGUGAAGGCAACGCAAGAGCAGUUAUUCAUUAUAGAGAUGAUGAAACAAUGUAUGUUGAAGCCAAAAAAGACAGAGUGACUGUGAUCUUCAGCACCAUUUUUAAAGACGAUGAUGACAUCGUAAUAGGGAAAGUUUUCAUGCAGGAAUUUAAAGAAGGUCGUAGAAAGUACCAACAGGCUCCUCAGGUUUUGUUUAGUCAUAAAGAACCUCCACAAGAACUUCAAGAUACAGAUGCACGCACUGGUGAUAACAUAGGCUAUAUCACUUUUGUUUUGUUUCCAAGACACACCAGUAAAAAUGCUCGGGAUAACACCAUCAACCUUAUUCAUAUGUUGAGAGAUUAUCUACACUAUCAUAUAAAAUGUUCAAAGGCCUAUAUUCAUCAAAGCAUGAGAGCAAAAACAUCUGAAUUUUUGAAAGUACUGAACAGAGCAAGACCAGAGGUAAAAGACAGAGAAAAGAAAACCAUUACAGGAAAGACCUUCCGGCAAAACUGAAUGUCUUUGAGAGACCCGAGACCCACAGAUGGAGACCCUGUCUUAAGUGCAUUGACUUUUUUCUACUGUGACAUCCUCAUUUUUGUUUCUGUACUGUCACUCGACUGUCCAAUUAUUUGAAGUCUAUAGAUGUAUGAACAGCUGCUUGAUUUAAAAACAAAUUCCAAGAAUUCCAGUCAUUGUUCAGUGACAUCUUUCAUGAGAUAUGUUCACGGGUUUGUUUAUUGUAGGAAGCCAAGACAUUAUUUCUUGUUACUGUGUAUAAUUUAAUCAUGUUAUUAUAUUUUCAAUUACUUGUUUGGGUUAAAAGACACCAUAACGUAUUGUGGGUAAGACUUUUUUUUAAUAACUUAAAACCAUUUUAUUUAUUUCAAAUAUCAGCAUUCUAGGAUGGCUUAUCCAUUCUGCUGGAAACGAAUUAACAAAAGCAAUAUGUUUGUAUUUUUUUAGUUUAAUUCAUUUUUUAUACAUACAUUCCCAACUUUUUUUUUUUAAUUUAGUUUUCAUCUUACCCUGUGUGUACUCAUUUUUAUCAGGUUUGCAUCAAACUGUUCAUCUUGACAUCUAUAGACUUCAUUUUUUUGUGAAUUCUUUCAUUGUACUGCAAACAAUGUGGUUUCCUACCCUUGGGGCAUUGCAUAUAUAAAUUUUAAAAACCAUAAAAAAUCUAUGCAUACUUAACUUAGAAUUAAUUGACUACAUUAACAAAUGUCCCACUUAAUUUUUCCAACUACCAUUUUCCCCAUCUUCUCUCCUUAGGCGUCAGUGUAAGGAAAUUAAUCUGUGUCCUGUAAGAUAUCUUACUCUUACAUUGUAUGUCAGCUGACAUAAGUAAGAUCAAGCCUUACACAUUGAGUGCUAAGUCUGAAAGUUCUAUUUAUUUUUAUUAAAUUUAAUUUCUGCAACAAAUAUUUUUAUAUGGUUAUCUGACAUAUAUCAUGUUUGUUUUCUUUUGCCUAGCAUGUCUUGAUUGCGACAACAGCAUACAUUUAUUUUUGUUUACUCGUACCUACAUUUUUUUAGAGUCUUGAUUGCGAUGAGAGCAGUACUGGUCAGUUAACGUGACCAGCACAUGUGAUACUGAUAAACAUUAUUUGUGUUUUUAAUGUUGCCACUGGUUGCUAUUCUCAAGACUUCCAUUGUUGGUUAAUUAAUCAUUGGUACCUUUCUCUACAAAAAAAAAAUUUUCAUUGAUAAUGUAUAGAAGUGUUGAGUGGCUGCUUUCUAUCUGUUUGUUGAAGGAUGAUAAUCACUUGCAUCAGCAUUGAGGAAAUUUAUAUUUAUCUACCUGCUACAAUUUGUAUACAUAGAUUACCAAAUAAACCUGGAAUUCAAUUUUUGUUAAAGAAACCGUAGGAUGAUUACUAUUUUUUUUGUCAAUAAUUAAUUAAUUGAACUAUCUGCAUGUCAAGAUGGAUUAAAUAACAGUUAUAUGUAUCUAUAUGUUGAAGGUCAUUACACAUUGAAGAAUUGCCAUAUCCCUAAUUUUCAUCUAACAGAAUAGAUUUGUGUUAAAUUGUUUAAUGGAUAAUUCUACUGUGAUUGAAUAUCAGUUAGAUAACUCACUCUUUGUUCAAUUUCAUCAUGCUUGCUAAACAAACUUUAGUGGGUUCUGAGGGUGGUUUUUGUCUCACAAGUUAGGGUGAAGGUCACAUGUGUCUGAUUUGUAGAAAACUGAAAAUAUCAUUUAGAAGUAUUUGUUUCCUUCAUGCACCAUGUAGAAAAACAAACAUUGUCACUAACUAUAUUAAGUCAAUAAGCAGGCCUUUGAUUUUUAUUAUUGCCAGAUUUUCUACAAAUUGUGUCCAAAAUAUUUGUUGAAUACAAAUUAUUUUUUUCAUGCAGUAAAAGUGCUAAAAAUAUAGAAGCCAUGAUUAAUCAUAUGCAUUAACAACUGGGAGGAAUUGCAGCAAUUUAAAACCUCUUAUUGCUUGUAGAAUGUAGAGACCAUGGAAUUGUGCUUGUAUUUUUCAGAUACAUUGUGACCCCCCCCCCCCCCCCAUCCAAAGUUUAUAAUGUAGUAGUAGUGAUGUUUUUUUUUUAACUUCAGACUGGUGUAGGUGUGUUUUUUUAAGGGGGAAAUUUAGUAAGUUCAAAUGUGCUGUUUCUACUUGUACAUAGGAUGUGAGGCUUCAAAAGUUUAUAUUUAUUGGGAACAAUUCUUCUCUGAAUAGAUGUUAUAUCCCAGAGGUGAUGUUAACCGUUGCUGUUAAAAUAAAAUAAAAUGUCUAUAUGAUCUCGUGAGAGAAUAGCUUAUUAUUACUUUCAUUAGCUAGAAUUAUGCUUUGUAAACAAAUUUUAUAUGUAUAAUAAUACAUUUUCAUUGUGUUUAGAUUUUAAAUAAUUGCUACUUUUAAUGAUGACUUUUUAGCAGCUUGUGUAUAUGUACCUAUUGCAUUUUUUUUUUGUUUACUAUAAAUAAAUCAGCAUAUCCAACUGUGUCUGAAAAUGCUGAGCUGUUUCAGUUAGUUACCAUAUUUAAAACUUUUGAAGUUAAGAAAACAAAUAAAAUAUUCAGGCAUUUACUAAUAGAAUGAAAUUGAUUUAAAAGGGUUAGAAAAAGUAAUUUUAAAUACAAUUUCUCAAAGAGCUUUGUUAGGUUGUAGUAAUUACUUGAUAAAGACAGCCAUUCAAAGGCUCGAUUCAAAAGCCUGUCUGUGCCUCAACCUCUUUAUUUUUUAGCUACUUUGUGUUGAUCAGCCCAGCUAAGAUAGCUCUACUUGUUGCUGAUGCUAAUCAGCUCAAUGAAGGUUAGCUCUUCUUGUAACCUAUGUUGAUUGGCCCAACUAAAGGCAUAUUACUGUACCAGUAUGAUGUGUACAUUUCUUUUCUGUAACAAUAAUAUAAAUUGUAUAUUACAAUAAAAUACAUUAUGUUAAAUAACUAGUUUUUGUAGUGUUGUUA